GGGUCCUAAUCUGACCCAUGAGCUAGUGACUUUCCCUCUCAGGGCCUCAGUUUUCCCAUCUGUAAAAUGAGAGGUUCAGACCAAAUGAUCUCAAAGGUCUGUUCUAGCUCUCAUGCGGGAAGCCAGGUCAGAGCCAUAGCCAGAGAAACAGUCAUAGACACAGGGAGAGUCUCAGACGGAGUCAGAGCGCCAUGGCAGGGAUGUAUGUGAUUGAUACCCUUCCCUAGAAGCAGCAGGUGGGAGGAGAAGGCCAAAAAAAAUGAGAGGACCGGACCAGGUGAACGUUAAAGAACACUUUCAGCUGGAAAAUUAGGAAAGUCUGGGAUUCCUGGUUGACAGUGGCUCCCGGCACCAUGUGGCUGAACUCCCUCUUAGGUGCCCUGCUGUUGGCAGGCCCAGGAACCUUCUGUGCUCAGAGUGGCCGAAGUCGCCGGGAGCUGGCACCGGGUUUACACUCCAGGGGCAUCCGAGACGCAGGUGGCUCCUAUUGCCAGGGACGAGACCUCUGCUGCGUAGGCCGGGAGGAUGACUGCACCUUGCCCUACCUGGGCACCCUCUGCUACUGUGACCUCUUCUGUAACCGGACCGUCUCUGACUGUUGCCCUGACUUUUGGGACUUUUGCCUGGGCGUUCCACCCCCUUUCCCUGUUAUCCAAGGGUGUAUGUAUCAGGGACGAGUAUACCCAACCCUUGGGACCUACCAAGACAAUUGUAACCGAUGCACCUGCAAGCAGGAUGGGGCAUGGGAGUGUGACCAGGAGCCCUGCCUGGUGAACCCGGACCUGAUCAAUGCCAUCAACCUUGGCAGCUAUGGGUGGACAGCUGGGAACCACAGUGCUUUCUGGGGGAUGACUCUUGACGAUGGCAUCCGCUACCGCCUGGGCACAGUCCGACCUGCCUCCUCUGUGAUGAACAUGAAUGAGAUACAAAUGGUCAUGUUACCAGAUGAAACUCUUCCCCCAGCCUUCAGUGCCUCAGAUAAAUGGCCUGGCCUGAUCCAUGAGCCCCUGGACCAGGGGAACUGUGCAGGUUCCUGGGCAUUCUCCACAGCAGCUGUGGCCUCAGACCGCAUCUCCAUCCACUCCAUGGGUCAUAUGACCCCAGCCUUGUCCCCUCAGAACCUGCUGUCCUGUGACACUCACAAUCAGCAGGGUUGCCGGGGUGGGCGGCUCGAUGGGGCCUGGUGGUUCCUGCGUCGCCGUGGGCUGGUGUCCAACCACUGCUACCCAUUCUCGGCGGGAGACCAGGAUGGGGCAGCCCCUGCGGCUCCAUGCAUGAUGCACAGUCGUCACAUGGGCCGGGGCAAACGCCAGGCCACCGCCCACUGCCCCAACAGCCGGGCCCAUGCUAACCACAUCUACCAGGCCACCCCUCCCUAUCGCCUCUCCUCCCAUGAGAAAGACAUCAUGAAGGAGCUGAUGGAGAACGGGCCUGUCCAAGCCCUCAUGGAAGUGCAUGAAGAUUUCUUCUUAUACAAGAGUGGUAUCUAUAAGCACACGCCAGUCAGUCUGGGGAAGCCUGAACGUUACCGCCAACAUGGGACUCACUCUGUCAAAAUCACAGGGUGGGGAGAGGAAAUUCAGCCUGAUGGACAAAAACUGAAAUACUGGACAGCUGCCAACUCAUGGGGCCCAACCUGGGGAGAAAACGGAUACUUCCGAAUUGCCCGAGGGGCCAAUGAGUGUGAUAUUGAGAGCUUUGUGGUGGGGGUGUGGGGCAGGGUCGGCAUGGAAGACAUGAGCCCACACCACUGAGCCCCCAGUUUUGGCCUGCCUGGAGGCCUUUGGGCCUUCUCCUGGAUGAGGAUUUGGGCAUCCUCCAAGAAAUGCCCUCCACCCAUCACCUGCUGCCCGGAUCUGGGGCCACAGCCUACUGGUGCUAAGAAGUUUGCUUGGGUUGGGGUUCAGAUCCCACAGACAGCAGAGCUCCUGAUCCCUGCCCCUUCCCUGGCCAAAGGGAGGGGGAGCCAAUCCGCUGAAACAGCAGUUCCCUUGAGGGCCCUCUACCCCCUGCCCUCCUCCCCAAA